CCGAAGUGAACAGGAGGCUGAAGGUCGUUGCUGUCUGUUUAUGUGAAGUUUUGUAGCAUUGCAAGUGGGUGGAAGCAUCGCCUUUUCUGCUCAUUAUACUCACCGCAAUUCCUCGCUCACAGUUUUCAGUCAAUUUCUUCAGUUGUUGCGACUUCGGUAAGUGAACUUGCUGUGUGCGAAGUGGCCAAAUUUAGAAGAACGUAGUGGCAUUCGUAAAUAGAAAUAGUAUCGACGGUGGCGGAGCGGCUAGUUGCAAAACAUGACUUCCAACCAGAGCGUUCGCUUUCGUUCGGAGCGAUCCAUGGGCAUCGACGUCGAAGCGACAGCAGCAAUUUUCUGAAACGAAGCGCUCGCUGAAACAUUCGGGCUCACGAACAGUAUGCCAGUGCUAACAACACCGUCAACCGCGAGCUCGUCUUGCGUGAGUCGAGAAUCGCAACACGGUGGCACGAUGAUGUCAACGUCGAUGUCGCGCUACAACACUGCGUCCCCAGGAGCGUCGAGAAAUCUGAUGGACGAUUUCCUAGAUUGCUCGCAGUCGAUGUCUCCUGUGGAGCACGACCACCAGGGCGACCAGUUUUUCAGCUUCGUGUGCAAUGAAGGGCAACCGACCACGAGGGCGUCAUUUUCAAGGUCCUCGCCUUCGGCACCGGCACCUUCGUGUCGCGUCGUGAACCUCGACGCCCUCGCCCAGCACCUGAUUCGGUACGGCAUUCGGCACAUCAAGAAUCCACACGAGAAAUUCAGUAAUCUGUCAAACGAAGAGCUUUCGCAGCUGUUUGAAAAAUUGGAAAAGCGGAAUGCGCUCCUGGACAACAUUCUACAGUGCUCCCUUGGGCCAAACGUGGAGACGUUGUGUCUGCAGAGCUGUUACGCGAUCCGGAAGGCCACACUGUAUUCGAUUGCGCAGAAGUGCCCGAAUCUGCAUUUCAUCGAUCUGUCCGGCUGUGCGCAGGUCGAGAACCGUGUGAUCGAGCAACUCUUGCUGCAUUGUACGAAGCUUCGCACCCUCAUUCUGGACGACGUUCGCCGGGUCACGGACGGCGCGUUUUGUCGAGUUGAGCCACGGAGCCGAAAUGUCGUUGAGCGGGAAAGAAGACGGCGAGAAGUGCUGGAGACCGCGAAUCAAGAACUACGCGGGCGAAGAAGACUUCAAGAAGCGGCUGCUGCUGCUGCUGCAAUCGGACCGUCGACGAGUCUGGGCGCUUCUUCGAGCAAUAGCACUACUGAGCAGCAUCUGGGAGUAGAUGGCAGCAUGGAGAUGGCGAGUCAGCACUCCGACAUUGCAGCACCGCAAUCAACGUUGCAUGGAUCUUCUGAUGGCACAGAGGCUGCUCGAAGCCAUGCUACAUCAGCACGUGGACCGACGGACCAGGAGGCUGAUGCUACCUCAAAGCGUUCCGGUGAAACAAAGCGGCUGCGCGACUUCCUGGUGAGUACGAAGAAUCUGGUUCCGAUCACGAAAGCCAAGGUUCAAAUAGAAUCGAGAAGUCUUGUGAAAAGCAAACCUCGUUGCAAGUCUACGCUGACGUUGAAGAGCAGCAGUGGCAAGCAAGCGGGCGUCGGUGAGGAUAGUGGAAAGCAAAGCAUAUCGAGCAGUUGCGGCAGCUCGAAAGCUGUGCGACAUGGUCAUGUAGUACUCGGCAAUAGUACUAGUUCGUCGUCGCACGGCACAGCCCAUUCGACUGCGUCUGGGCGCACCAGGCACCUGAGUCUCCCGAUCUCGGCGUCGCAUCACCCAAGCUCCUCCAGUUUCUUCUGCGGUGAGCACGAGAAGGCCAACACCAGCACGAACAGAAACGUAAAUGCAGGUGCGGGUGGUGCGCGAACCCACCGACAAGGUUUCUCGACUUGCCGGCAAAAACUUUCGCCCAGUCGGAAGCCACUGAAUAAGACAUCGCCCACUCUUUCGCCCGCUACGGAAACGACUCUGCUUAGUCCCAUCCCCGUCCUUGGGGGGAGUGCAAGUGUGUCAGAAGUAUUAAUUGCAGGUCGGAGUACGCCUUCACCUGUAGUAUUUGGCCCAAGUAGUUCGGAGCGUAACAAGUCCUCUGCCUCGAGCCCAGGAACUUGCAGCACUAUCUCGUGCACGCCGAAUCACCGUCCGUCCUCGCCUCGUGUUCGAGUUUGCGCGCCAUCCUCGAAAAGUACGGUCAGGUUUGUUGAAGAUGGAGAUUCGAACAAAAUGAGUGCGGAACAACUACUGGGACCCAGAUCAUCUUCGGAAGCUGCACCAGCGCCACCAGUAAAAAAACUAUCGUCUCACUUCAAAUCCUCGUCUUCCUCGAGCACGACGGGAUUGGCCAACCUGCGGGAACUUUCCCUUUGCCGCAACAGUCAGAUCAGUGCGCAGGGCGUGCAGCACAUCCUGCGACGCGCAAAGCAAUUGCGGUCGAUCAAGCUGUCAGGUUGCAAUCUGCAGCUGACGGAGAACAUUCUUUGCCUCAUAUUCGGGAAAAAGAAAAAGGAUUUCCUGCAGAUUGUGGAUUUGUCCUUCUUGACCGGCCCGGUGGAGUCACUCGAGUACCUGUUGCCCGAAAACACGCUGCGCGAGCUGAACCUCGGACACACCAACCUCACCGACAGCGGCGUCCAACGGAUCCGGAAAUUCUGUAAGGGGAGUCUCGAGAAACUGCUCUUACCGUGGUGCGGCCAGAUUACCGACCAGGCAUUUGUACACGAGUUGGAAGACGGCGAGAACUACGACAUGGACAGCCUGCGGGUGCUGGACGUGUGUGGCACCGCCAUAUCGGACGAGACGCUGCGCAGAUUUGUCUUGCCGCACCUGCCGAAGCUCGAGGAGCUCGACAUCUCUUGGUGCCAGAGCGUGCGGCUGCAGAAGGUCAAUUUCGCCGAAGCGCGGUUCAGCCAAGAAACGGAGGAGCGUGGUAGCGAAACUUUGCAGUUGAAGAAAUCGCCCUCCCUUUGUCAACUUUCAAGAGCACCAGCAUCACUGACCGGCGAAGCUGCGACCAGUAGCGCUGGUUGCGUGGGUCUACUUCCCGACAACACCAAUCAAAACGUGCUGACGGCAGAUAAUAGGCGCGGCAGCAUUGAUCUAGUGCCGGCAGAAUUUGAUUUUCCGCGAACGCAAUCACUGAGGAACGGUACCUCAACAUCGGGUGUAGCGAGCGGUUCUCGCGGGGGGCCAUCUUCAACUGCAACAACUACAAGCAGGUCCUCUUCAGCGGAACGGCGACUCAACGGAAGUUUCUUGCACAUCGCGAGCGCCGCGUCGCGAAACUCGACUCCGAGCUGCUCCGGGGCUGCUUCACGUUCACCGGCGCGAUCGCACGGUCUAUCAGGGAGCACGCGGCACCGAGAGCAUCCAGAAAACGUUUCUCCUACGGGGCCGACAACUUGCGGUGACAGAGAACAGCAGCUCGACAAAGCGCAUGGUCCCGCAACCGAAAUUAAAAGCAAGAAAAGUCUCCGACCGGGUGGCUUGACAGCGCUUACGUUCACUGGACUUUGGAACUUGGACGAGCGGGCAAUUAUCCAAGCCCCGCAACGCGUCCUCGGUCUUUCAGCCUCCUUGCAAACUCUGCGCCUCGACAGUAUCGAAUUACUGGGCACCGACUCGGUCUUGCGAAGCAUCGCCGCACACUGUCCGAAUCUGCAGUCGUUAGGAUUGCAAAUCAAGUCCUCGCUCGCCGUUGCGACAACGAUCCCGGAAGGUAGAAAAAUCGAAGACACAACAAGCGACUGCAGCUUGGCCAACCGAAACAACCCCUUCGUCGUGAUCUCGAACCACUGCCCGCACAUCCAUUCCCUUUCUAUCGACUGCGCGCAGCCCAGUCUGCUCGUGCCCGCGCUGGCGGCCCGCGAAACGUUUCCACAGCUGAAAAUCUUGCGCACGCGCUGUCCGUUCUUUGACAACGACUUGGAGGAUAUUUUGCGAACUAAGACGAACUUGGAGCAGCUCACGCUCGAUGAUGUGAAUCUCGCGGACGAAACGCUGGCGCGCUGGUACAACGACGAGUCCAGAACGGGGGCUUCCUUGCAACUGGAGUCCCUUCUCACGUUUCACAUUCGCGCGCACCAACUGACCGACUUGGGAGCAAGCUACCUGGCGAAACUGCUACCCUCUGUGCUUGCGGUGGAAUUAGACUCGCCGUUUUUGACCAAGGACGCCCUGCAAUUUUUUCUGGCCGCGGACGCGAGCCAAUACCUCCGGCAAGUGCAGAUCACGUCCGGCAGGGACGGUCGUAAAUACAACUGGUCGGGUGACAAAAAGCGCGACACAGAGUGGAAAAUGCAACAAAGCAUGCGCCUCGCCGCCCUCAAGGAAGCGAGCGCCUCCGAGCGCGAACAGAGCGACUGAAUUGAAAAAAGUAAAGUUGUCAUCUGUGUCAACAAGAGUAGUUUUUAUGCUCAGCGACAUUGUUGGACAUGGGCUAAAAAACUUUUGCCCAUCAUCAAAAACAGUACAGUAUACAGUAGUAGAGCGACUUUCAUGAUUAACAUGACAUCCUCACGCGCCGGCCAUCUCUGCAGCCGGCUGCAGGGCC